CCUGCUCUCUUCUCCAUCCGUGCCAUUCUCCGCUCACAGCCUACAUUUCUCUCGUCUUUUUGUGCUGUUUCUGUUGUAGAAUGACGCAGAUCUACCACGACAAGGAAAACCAGGUCGCGUUCGCGCUCGCGGGCAAAAACGCCGUCGGGAGCACAGCGCCAAAGACGCCCUUCGCAAAGAAAGCCGGCAGUGCGCGAACACCGUUCGGGGCCAAAGCAAAUGAAAACACAGUAAUCACUUUCCAGCCAAACAAAGGCGCACUUGAGAAAGGCGGUGCAAAGACGCCGUUUAAGACUCCUAAUGAAAAACGAGUACCGCUAGGUGGCAAGGACACGAAUGCGAGGUCGAAAAUAGCACCGAUGCAGGACUGGGGUCUCAAGAACGCAAAGUCGACCGUCAAGUCGAAUUCGGCCGGACGCAGCAGACGCGCAAGACAGGCGACGCCUCGGAAAGAGGUCGCUUCGGCGCCGGUCGAGAGCUUGAGUAUGCCGGAGACAGAAUUGCCUGAGAUCGAGUAUAUGCCUCCACGAGCUACUGAAUCACCCUUCGUCCCAGCAGACUACGAACCAAUCGACUACACCGCCCUCCGCUCAGCUGUAACCGACCCAGAACUGAUCGCAGACUACUUAUAUCCCCGCGGCAAAGACGGCAAAACCGCCGUCGCGCGCAAGAUGGAAGAACUGAGCCGGCCACCGCGGCAGGAAGUACUCGCAGAUCUCGAUCUGCCGGUUGGCGAGGACGGGCUGCAUGAUUUCGAGCGGCCGCUUGAUCUCGAGAGCGAUUUCGAAGGAUUGAGUCUGGAUCUUGAUGAGGAAUUGAAUUUUGAUGAUGACUUGGAUUUUGACGAGUUCAAGUGAUUGUUUUUCUUCUUUUCUCUAUGGGUUUUUCUUGUUGAU